AAAGUUGGCGACACUGCCAGCCGCCGCGAGAUCGUAAUGGCGACGUUUAGCGCGUUGUCGGGUCCGUCGUGAGUGAAAAAAUAAUGUUUCGUAAAACAAUAUUCGGUUUGCACACGAGGCGACGACCGAGCAAGUGAGCACGUAACAUUUUGACGGGUAGUUUUGACAGGACAUCACUAAUCGAGCGCCCGCCAACAUGGACCAGGCUCCUGCAGACACAGAGUUACGGAACAUCAUAGACAAACUGGCACAGUUUGUCGCUCGCAAUGGACCAGAGUUCGAGCAGAUGACAAAAAACAAGCAGAAGGACAACCCGAAGUUUGGUUUCCUGUUUGGGGGGGAGCACUUCAACUACUAUCAAUACAAAGUGACUACAGAACAAGCCAUUUUAAAGCAAAAAGGAAUAAAUCCAAUGCAAAAUGCAGACCCACGUUUAAACGUUUCGCAGCAGCAGCAAACAGCCGCAAACGCCGUCUCGCAGCCACUGAAUAACGUCAAUCUUGCGUCCGGUCUGAGUACACAAAACAAUGGCAUAAACCCGGUGGUCGGGAUCGGAAGUCAGGGCGGUCCCGUUUUGCCUGGACAGAUCGGAGGGCCGGGAAAUGCAGGGCCGCCAAUCGGACCGGUUUCUGGCGCCAUGGGAGGUGUGAAUCCGCCGAUCGCCGGAGUCGCGCAAGCAGUUAACAUCGCGGGUCCACCCGCGUGGCUGCAGAAUGAGUUGGCGAAUCUACAAUCGCAGCAGACGACGUUGCAGGAACAAGUUAGACAAUCAGAACAGAAUUUGGCUGCGCAGCACGCUGCAUUGAUGGCGCAGCAGCAGGGAAGAGUAGAGGACGCAGUGAGGCAGGCACAGGAACAGGCUCUGCAAAAUAGUGCGCAAAAUACGAACACAGAUCUGGCUGCGUUUGACACGGUGCUACAACCGAUCAUCGAUAGUUGCACGAAGGAUAGCAUAAGUGCAGGAAAAGCCUGGAUACUUCAAAAUUCACUUACUCCACAAAGCAAUCAAGUUGUCGCAGAUCAUUUGUUGAAAAAAGUAAUUCAAGGGACGACUUUUAGUCAUAAACUACAUAUUAUUUACCUAGUAAAUGACGUCUUACAUCAUUGUGCAAGAAAAAAGUCUAUGGAUUUGCGAAAAGCGAUGGAAAGUGUUGUUGUUCCCAUGUUCUGUAACACUUCGCUAGCAGCAUCCGAGGAACAACUUAAUAAACUGAAUAAACUGUUGAGUUUGUGGGAGUCAAAGAAUAAUUAUUUCGACGAAGGGAUUAUAGAUAAGUUGAAAAAACCGAGCGCGUCUUGGUCGGAGUACCAGGCUAAUUUGGUAGCGCAACAUGCCACUGCGAUUACUCCAAUUACAGCGUCGACGAAACAGACGUUCGAUAAUUAUCAGGCGCAGCAUCAAGCGUUUGUCACUCACGCACUGAGACAAAUUCAGAAUAUCGAGCAACAAAAGAUGGCAAUAGAUCAGCAACUGAAAGCACCGCCGCCGCCGCCGCCACCUCUGAAUCAGCAGAACUUGUCGAUACCACCUAGUCAUUCUGGUCCUCCCGGUACGAUGGCCACAGACGUGAAUUUCAGUCAACCACCACCAGGUUGGGGCGUUCCGCCAUCGAACGAACCGCCGCCAUUCAGCAACGUGCCCCUACCGGAUUUUUCGAAGCCACCACCAGGUUUUGGACCGCCACCUGUUAUUCACGAACCCUCUGUAGAGGAUUUGAUGCCUAGUAUGCCUUAUUUCGAGCUUCCAGCUGGUUUGAUGGUACCUCUGAUAAAACUAGAAGAUGGUGAAUAUAAACCAUUGGAUCCGGAUGCGAUAAGACUUCCACCACCGGCUCCGCCGAAUGAUCGUUUAGUUGCAGCUGUGGAAGCGUUUUACGCGCCUCCAAAUCAUGAUUCCCCUAGAGAUAGUGACGGAUGGGAGAAAUUAGGUUUAUACGAAUAUUACAAAGCGAAAAAUGCUGCUCGCAAGCGCAAGGAAGAGGAUAUUGUCGCCGGGAUUAGACAGAAAUCCAAAUCUCCUUCGCCAAUUUUACGGCCGAGAUCCAAGAGCCCUAGUCCGCCAAAGAAACGCUACAGGAGUAAGUCGCGCAGUAGAUCGCGUUCGCGAUCACGAGGCAGAAGUAGAUCGAGAUCGCCUGCGGCUAAUCACAGGCGCAACAGUCGUAACAGCAAUCACAUUAAUAGAAGUCGAAGGAGGAGGAACAGUAAUAAAGAUCGUAGCCCCGAAAGAAGAAUGGAUCGACAGGAUAGAAGUCCAACUCCUCCUAGUUUUCUUGGUUCCACCUAUAGCAAAGCUCCGCAAGAGAUCAGUCUUGACGAAAGCAAUAAAGGACAUCAAUUGCUCAAGAAGAUGGGUUGGGGUGGUGCGGGUCUUGGUGCUAAUGAGCAGGGUAUUGAGGCACCUAUUUCCGGGGGCGAAAUUCGCGAUAAAAACGAUCAAUAUAAAGGAGUCGGUAUCAAUUUGAAUGAUCCAUACGAAACCUUCCGGAAAAACAAAGGCCAGGCAUUUAUUACCAGAAUGAAAGCCAGGGCAGAGGAACGAGCCGAGGAAAGAGGGGACCGUGAUUGAGCGUGAUUCGAUGAAAUGCGGAGUUUGAACGUUCGCGGUGCUCUGGGAAUGAAAAUAUAUCUUGAGAGAUUUAAAGACAAAUCCUAUGAUGAAAGUUCAUUCACAGUUCCAGAAGCAUUUACGCGAAUCGUCUAUGAGAAUUGACUUCGAAGAUCGAUAUAAAAUCGAUUUUCUCUAUUCUGUGAUUUUCCUCUUAAUUCUCAUUCUUAUUCCAGUGAAAAAUGUCACGCGCUCUAUUUCUCGUUUGUUUUCUCGCUCUAAUCUGGUUCUGUAAUUAGUGAGAAAAUAAUGAAAAAGAAUAUGAGAAUUAUCUUAGUUUAUAGGAAAACAACUGAAUAGCGGAAAACCUAGAAAAGAGGAAAUCGAUCGCACUUUUUUUGACAUCGGAGCAGUUGUUUUUUUAUUAAGCCUGAAUCCCCAUUGCGCUUGUCAUUGAUUUUUGAAUAAUCAAUAGAUGGACGCUGAUUGUUUUACGCUGAAACCACAUUGGUUGUUAGUUUUAUUAGCAGCUAUACAAUUUGAAUGCCACCUAGGCAAUACUUAUGAAUUUUACAUGAGGCAAAAUUGUACAUUUUUGAUGUAGAAUUACAGAUAUAAUUAGAGUUUAUUUCAAAUUAAUGUCAUCCGUACAUAAUGAAUUAAAUAUUGAGUCUGUUAUAAGUAUAAAGAUAUUUGGUACAAAAGAUUAUGUGAAGAUUCAAAGGAUUCAAGCGCGCAACGUCAACGUCUGUCGGCUAAAUCUUGGAUCCAGGUUGACAAUUUAACCACGUUUCGCGCGUAACAAUUUAAUUUCGUUCCAUUUUUACAUAUUGCAGGAUGCUACGUAACUUAAACGUAAAAUGCAAGUUGUUGCGUGCCGUCGUCGCAUGGACUUGAGAAACAUGUGAGAUAAGAAUACUUGUAUUUAAUAAGUUAACAAAUGAUUAUAUUGGAUACACGACGAUAGCUCAAAAAUAAAUGCUGUACAUUUAUUACGAAAGCGAAUGCGAACAUUCGCCAUCGUUACUCCUCCACACUCGUCUUCUUUGUACUAAAUAUAUUCUUAUCAAGAAUCUAAA